AUGUCUAUCCGUGCGCUCAGAGACGCGGAAAACGUCUUCCGGAUAGAAAAGCGAUGCGUUGCAUGUGAACAGGCACCGCUCUCGUGCGAAGGCAUCAAAUGUCCUGCCAACCAGGUCUGCGUACAAAACUCACGAACAUGCGACCAGUGCGCCUCCGUAGGCUGCCAGUUCGACCCCACUGCCGGCGAUGCUGCCCCUAGCAAACCAAACGUCGGCGCCAUAGCCGGAGGUGUCAUUGGAGGCGUCGCCUUCAUCGCCAUUCUCACAUUCGUCGUAUGGAAGUACUGUCUGAAGGGCAAGAGGAGGCCAAUGUCACAGCAGAGUGAAUGGCAAGAUGUCGACAUGUCACAGCAGGAGAAGGUGGACAACGACUUCCAGUCACGGCGGAGCGCGCGCGCAUCUACACACACCGUUGCCUCGAUGGCCUCGUCCGUCCUUACCCGUGCCUCCAACAUCAUCCAAAUCGCCUACAUUCCCGGUGUCACGAACCGCUCAGGACCCGGAUCGCCCGACCUGCUCGUUCCGCCCGUUCCUCCGAUUCCUGCCAUGUCGCCUUCGUCUGGCAUGAGCACCCCGUACUCGACCGCCGACCAGCACUUCUUCGUUCCUGACUUCCGCGACUCGAUGAUGUCCUCCAGCACCGCCGGCCGCACAAGCAUCGCCCCAAGUCUCGCUCAACGAGGCAGCGUUGCAUCGACCAUGUACCGACAAAACGCCAUCGUAUCUCCACUCCCUGCUCAGACCAUCGUACGCGGAAAGGCAGCUGUCGUCAGCGUCAAGUCAACUGCGACCAAUAGUCCCGCAGAGACUCCAAGCAUGGAAACACCACCCGUACCUCAAAUCGAUCCCAAGCACACUGUAAAGCCCAUCCGCAUCCACAUGCCUGGUAUCAGUCCCGCAAACUCCGUCCGAAGUACCGCACAACUUGGCCCUGUCCGAGCACUCAACAUCACCAAGAAGAAGAGCUCCGACAUCACACCACCCAAGAGCUCCUCGAACUCAACAAACAGCGCAGACCGAACCCUCGUCAACACCCCCGAAGUCCUCGUACCCUCUGCGCGACCACUCACCGGCUACUCAACAGCCUCAUCAGAUGACGGCGCUGCGCACUCGCGUGCACGCAGGGGAAGCUUAGCAUCCGACUCCGGCGACGACUCUGACGAUGACCACAAGCGUGCGCGACAGACCCUUCUUCGCAGCAACUCGGGCAGUGACCGUGAUUCAGAAUACACUGAAUUCCAGGAUAGCACACCUACCAAGGACCGAAGUCCUUUCACAGACAGCUCGUCGCUCGAACCGCCACGACCGAUGAUGUCGCAGCGUAUCACCUCGUACGAUACUGAGCGAGGCUUGCGCACACCCAUGACGCCUAUUGUAGAGGAAGCGUCAGCGUCGAAACGUGGCAGCACCGUCUCAAAUAGGAGGGACCAGAGUCCUUUCUCCGAUAACAACAAGAGCGAGUUGUAA